AUGGCGAAUUAUGGUGGUCCACGUUUUACACGACCUUCAAUGAAUGAACGUUCAGGACCAAGAUUUAAUACACCACCUAAUCGAAAUGGUCCAAGACAUAAUUUUAAUGAUCAUAGACAUCCAUUAAACAAACCAGCUAAUGUACCACGUCCACCUAAACCAACUAAUGAUAUAUCAAUACCAACACCUCCUCCGACCAAUCAAACAGCAGCUAGUUCAACAAAUAAUACAACUGAUAUAACUACUGAUACAGCGAAUAAAUCAACUAAAGUAUCGACUUCCGAAAGUUCAUCGCUCGGAACAAGUUUAUAUGUUCCAUCAGAAUCUUCAGUAGAAAAAAAACCAACAACAAAAACUGAUAAUAAACUUCCUGAUGAACAAGAACGAACGAAUGCUCAAAAACGACCACGUAUUGAAGGCAAUCCGCAACAACAAAGUCCUUCAUUUGAUUUUACAGCAUCAUCAUCAUCAUCACAAAAUAAUGAAAAACGAGCUAUGCAAGGUGGUAGAUGUCGUUUAUUUAUUGGUAAUGUACCAUCUGAUUUAACACAAGAUGAAUUUCAAUUAUUAUUUGGUAAAUAUGGUGAAUUAGUAGAAUAUUUUGUUAAUCCAUCACGUGGCUUUGGUUUUAUAAAAUUGGGUUCUCGUCAGUUAGCCGAACAAGCUAAAUAUGAUCUUGAUGGUUAUAUUUUACGUGGAAAACCAUUACGAAUACGUUUUGCAAGUCAAGGUGCAACGAUAAAAGUUAAAAAUCUAUCACCAAAUGUGUCCAAUGAAUUACUUAAAGAAGCAUUUGAACAAUAUUUUGGUAGUGUUGAACGUGCUGUUGUUAUUGUUGAUGAUAGAGGAAAGUCAACAGGAGAAGGAAUUAUUGAAUUUGAAAAGAAACCAUCAGCACAAAAAUGUUUGAAUGAAUGUACAGAACGUUGUUUUUUUAUUACUAGUGAAUUAAGACCUGUAAUUGUUGAACCAUGGGAUAUUCGAGAUGAAGAAGAUGGUUUACCAGAAAAAUCAUUAAUUCGUAAUCCUGUAUUCAUAAAAGAACGAGAAGCUAAACCACGUUUUGCAGAAUUAAGUACAAUUGAACAUACAAUUGGUCUUAAAUGGAAAGAAUUAGAAUUACAAGAAAAACAAUUAUUAGAAGAAGUUAAACAACGUAUGCAAUAUGCUACUGAUCAAGUUAAAGUGGAAAUUGAUGAAAUGUUUUUAGAACAUCAAUCACAAAUCUUGCGCGAAGAAUUAUUACGUCGUCAAGAAGAUCUUCGUCGAAUAGACGAACUUCGAUCACAGGAAAUAGAUCGUCGUCGUAAUAUAAUGCCAAUGCAUCGUCAAGAUGCAUAUAAUAAUCAAUUUAAUAUGCCGACUGGUCCUAUGAAUACUAUAUUUCAUCAAAAUCAAAUGCCUGGAAAUGCAUUACAAUAUAAUGAUUAUCAACAGGUAGGAUAUCCACCAAAUGCAAAUUCACUUAUGCAACAAUCAUCACCUGGUGCAGCAACAAUUGAUGCUGCUUAUACAACAAAUCAAGUAUCACGUGGUUAUACACGUCCAAGUGGAGAUGAUUUUAUUCCACAACAACAACAACAACAGCAACAAGGAUUUGAUAGAAAACGGCCGAGAUAUUAA